AAAGUUCAAUUGCAAACCUCAUUCACACCUUACAUACAUACGAUCGUACAGAGAGAUACAUAUAAUAUUCAUCCACAAAACAAAACAUUUACUCAUUUACAAUAUUUAAAAAAGUAUUUAGCUUUAGUUAAUUGAUUGAUUGAAUAUUGGCACAAUGAAACGCGUUCACGUUGGCACUACCGCUCCGAAGUACCACAGCGGCAAGUGGACCUGGGAUGAGAGCAGUGAGAGCUUGCGCUUCCACCCCUACUCGGACUUGGAGGAUGCUAAUGAACGUUUCAUCAUGACAAAUGGCUUCAAGUUCCUGCGCACCAUCAACCAGGAGGAGGAGCUGAUCUACCGUCAGGUGUUCGCGCGACCCGAAAACACGUUCGAUGGGGACGUCGUGGUGGUCAAUGAUGUGCGCGACCUGGUGCUCUUCAUGAUGCCAAAGGAGUUCCUGUCGAUCAAGUUCGUGGACUUUAUGCACAGGCCGGCCGUGCACCGGCUUCUGCAUGCGCUCGUCAUCUACUUUGAGUACUUUCUGCGCUUGGUCGAGUUCAUUCUGAUACGGCGCGACGAGCUGUCGGGCGAUAUGGCCCAGGUGCAGAGCGAGCAGACGAACGAGGUGAAGCGCAUAUUCUCCUCCCAUCUGAGCCACUUUCGCAUGCUGGUGGCCCGGAACUAUAGCGUCAUCAUAAAAGGCGAGGGCGACAUGCAGGAGUUCUACCACACCAAGGAGGUGGUUAACAUUUCGUCCACGAUCAGGGAUCGGGCAUUUCACGAGCAGUUCCUAGCGGUCGCCACUCAGAUCAUUUGGAUAACCAUGCACAGGCGCGCCUAUUUCAUCAUUGAGAUGGAAAUGAACCGGCUCUUUCGCUCCGAGCACUUUCUCAUGAAUAACAUACACUAUCUGAACUUUACGACCGUCGAGCGAUCCCUGCUCUAUGGCCGCAACAACAAGAUCUUCAAUUGCCGCGUCCAGAACUCGCCCAUGAUUCAGGAGCUGCAACACGUGGCCGACGAGGACAUGCCCAUUCUGUGGAUAGGCGAGCGCCAGUAUCGUGGAACCGAUCUACGCAUAGCGCAGGUCGAGAUGGAGUAUCUGAUACCGGGAUCCCAGUUGAAUCUGGCGGACCUUUCGCACGGUAUUCUCGGCCACCCAAAGAAUCUGUACGACACGAUUCUCUCGCUGGACUGGCCCUCGGUGCGCUUUGCCAACUUCUCGAAGCAGUACGAUCCCUACAAUCUCUUACGGCAGCCGGGCCUGCAGCUGCCCAACAUCGAUGAGAUGCAAGUGCGUCGGAUGGCCAAGCAGUACGAUCACUUCUACAGGGUAUUUCGCAUCUACGAGUCCUGCAGCAAGAAAAUGCUAAACAAUUGGUUCAACCGCGACAAGAUAGUCCAAUACUAUAGCAGUGGCGGAAUACUCAAGAACGUCUUCAUGCGCGGCGAGGAGCAGCUGGUCACGGAGGAGGACCGCUCCGACAUUAACAAGAUUGUGGCCAACUAUUUCGAUGUCAUGCUCAAGCUGCGCAAGCAGAAGGCCACAACAAUUAUGACAUCCGAUACUGGCCAUAAAAAGCAAGAGGCUGAGUUCUUCUGCUAGGGCCUAGGGAGCAGUUGGAAAGAAUGGGAAAACUUAUUCGAUAAUCACGAUAAAAGACAAGUUGACGGGAUUUCAACAGUUUCUUUAACCAAUUUCCAAUUGAUGAUCGUUUCAAAAGUCUAACCUUUUAUAACCAACUUUUCACAUUCAUAUCUUUGAACAAUAAACUGCAUUUCAAAGCUAA